GUCGAUCAUUUCCUGUUAUUCUCCUGUUACCAGUACUCAAGUUCUUCCCAUUCUAUUCUAAAUUCAUCAAUUCCAACUAACACUAAGCCGUCGUCUUCACGGAACAACCAGAGUCCGAAUACAUUUUAACUUUCACAGACUCUGCUCUAAACGGUUUAUACCAGAGUAUUUAUGUUUUAACUUUCACUGAUCACUGAUCCUGGUCUAAUAUAGGGUUGGUUUAUCAAUGCCAACUAACUUAUCCAUCAAUUUAAACACUACUGAGAUACGGGACCAGACCAUGCAUUUAGAUAUUGUGUUUUUUUCUCUUCAACCCAGAUCCAUAUUACUACCAUAUUUCUUCAAACUUUUGAGAAACUUGAAAUGGUGACAGGCAUGAAAGAAGCUACCCUGUAUACACCUUUGCGAGGUGAAGAGGCUAUAGACGACGUUAAAAUCAGUGAUGAUGGAAAUGUUACCCCUUUCCGCAAUGCUGGGGUUCUGAGUAGAAUGACUUAUUGGUGGUUGAACCCGAUGUUAAAGAAGGGAAAGGAGAAAGCUUUGGAGGACGAUGAUCUUCCAAAAUUACAGCCCGCAGAUUGUGCAGAAACAUGUUACUCCUUGUUUAUGGAGCAGCUGACGAAAAGAGGAGCUUCUGGAUCGCUUCCAGUUUUAACAACUUUAUUUAUUUGGCAGCGUAAAGCUAUCUUACAGUCUGGUAUUUUUGCAUUGAGCAAGGUACUUGCACUGGCUACUGGCCCUCUGCUGCUUAAAGCUUUCAUACGCGUUGCUCAGGGGAAGGAAGCAUUUAAAUACGAGGGAUAUGCACUAGCUGCAGGCUUAUUUUUUGUCAAAUGUUUGGAAUCACUCUCAGAAAGACAAUGGAAAUUCCAAACUAGACUAAUAGGACUGCAAGUAAGAUCUAUGCUAUCUGCAGCAAUUUACCAGAAGCAACUUAGAGUAUCAAAUGCAGCUAAAGCAUUUCAUUCUCCGGGACAGAUAAUGAAUUAUCUGUUAGUAGAUGCUAAUAGAAUUGGGGAAUUUCCAUAUCAUUUUCAUCACAUCUGGGCAACAAGUCUCCAAUUAUGUCUUGCUCUUCUUAUCAUUUACUAUUGUGUAGGCAAAGCGACGGUUGCAGCUCUACUGGUAGUGAUAUUGAUGGUAGUCGGAAAUUCUCCAUUGGCCAAAUUGCAGCAUAAGUACCUGACAAAACUCAUGGUAGCACAAGAUGUAAGGCUCAAGGCUAUUACUGAGGCAGUGACAAACAUGAAAGUACUGAAGUUGUAUGGUUGGGAGACACACUUUAGACAUGUUAUAGAAGGAUUGAGGAAAGAAGAAGCAAGGUGGUUAUCCGCGAUUCUGACACAAAGAGGCUAUUAUUUAUCUCUCUUUUGGUCAUCCCCUAUAGUAAUUACAAUAUUUACUUUCUGGGCAUGCUGUUUCAUGAGAAUUCCUCUAGAUACCGGUACUGUGUUUACAUUUCUUGCAACAGUCCGAAUUGUCCAAGAGCCUAUCAGGCUUUUACCUGAUGUUGCAGGAAUUUUUAUUGAAUCAAAGGUUGCAUUAACUCGUAUUGUGAAGUUUCUUGAGGAGCCUGAACUGCAAAAAGGAAGCACAGAAGGUCAAUGCAAGUGUAUCGAGCAGUCAAUACAAAUCAAAGAAGCAUCUUUUUCAUGGGAUAUCAGUUCUUCACAGGCCACUUUAGAGAAUAUAGAAUUGAAUGUAAAACCUGGUGAGAAGGUUGCAAUAUGUGGAGAAGUUGGCUCGGGUAAAUCAACCCUUCUAGCUGCAAUUCUCGGAGAAGUUCCAAGUACUAAUGGCAUGGUCCAGGUUUGUGGAAAGGUAGCUUAUGUUUCUCAGACAGCAUGGAUACAAACAGGAACUAUACAAGAGAACAUACUCUUCGGGUCAUUAAUGGAUCAAGACAAGUACCAAAAAGUACUGAAAAGAUGUUCACUUGUACAAGACCUGAAAAUUCUUCUAUAUGGUGAUCACACAGUAAUAGGAGAAAGAGGUGUAAACCUUAGUGGUGGGCAGAAGCAACGGGUUCAACUUGCCCGUGCACUAUAUCAAGAUGCAGAUAUAUACCUUCUUGAUGAUCCAUUCAGCGCUGUAGAUGCGCAUACUGCAACUAAUUUAUUUAAUGAGUAUGUCAUGGGAGCAUUAUCAGAAAAAACGGUUUUGCUCGUUACCCAUCAAGUUGACUUCCUCCCUGCAUUUAACAUUGUUCUGAUAAUGUCUGAAGGGAAAAUCCUACAAGCAGAUACGUACCAGCAGUUGUUAGUCCACAGUCCAGAUUUUCAAAAUCUUCUGAUUUCACAAAAUGGCUCUACCAAUCUGGAGAGACGAAUCAGUUAUAGUCCUCCACAAAGACCUAAGAUUUCCAACCAAGAGAUACAAAAAAUUGAUGUAGAACAAGAGGUUAAAGUAGGGUCCGGAGACCAGUUGAUAGAAAAAGAACAAAAAGAGACCGGAGACAGUGGUCUAAAACCUUACAAACAAUACUUGAAGCAAAACCGGGGAUACUUAUACCUCUCACUAUCAGUUAUACUCCAUAUAUUCUUUAUAGUUGGACAAUUAGUACAAGGUAUUUGGUUGGCUGCUGAACUACAAAAUCCCGCUAUAAGUAUCCUCAUGCUGAACGGGAUAUACACUGGGAUUGGGUGCGUAAUGUUACUGUGCCUACUCAUUAGAUCUUAUGUAGUAGUAUUAUUAGGUAUCAAGGCAUCAGAAACUAUUUUCUCCAAAGCAAUAGUCUCAAUCUUUCGAGCACCUAUGUCCUACUUUGACUCGACGCCUGUUGGAAGGAUACUGAGCCGGUUAUCUUCUGAUCUGAGUAUUAUAGACCUUGAAUUGGCAACGAAAUUUGCAUUUUCGCUGGGAUCAACAAUGAACACGUGUUUCAACUUUGGAAUAUUGGUUGUACUCACGUGGCCAAUCUUAUUUCUCGUCAUUCCUACAGUUUACAUUACCAUAGUUUUACAGAAAUUCUACUUAGCUUCUGCGAAUGAGUUGAUCCGCAUUGAAGGCACGACAAAGUCUUCAGUUGCAAGCCAACUUUCGGAGUCCAUUGCUGGUGCAGUAACCAUCAGAGCAUUUAAAGAAGAAGGUAGAUUUAUUUCGGAAAACUUUUAUCUCAUUGAUGCAAACGCAAUUCCAUACUUCCACAGUUUUUCUGCAAAUGAGUGGUUGAUACAACGUCUAGAAGGAUUAUGCGCGAUCAUUGUCUCAUGCUCUGCAUUGGGCAUGACUCUGAUGCCUCUUGAAGCUUCUAAAUCAGGAUAUGUUGGGAUGGCUCUAUCAUUUGUCCUUUCAAUGAAUGUCUACCUCGUAAAUGCUGUAAAUAUGAAUUGCACGCUAUCAAAUUUCUUCAUUUCUGUUGAAAGAUUAGAACAGUGCAUGCACAUUCAAAGUGAAGCCCCUGAAAAACUUAAAGAAAACCAACCUCCACCGAACUGGCCAAGUGCUGGGAGAGUAGAGAUCCACAAUCUAAAGGUCAAAUACCGUCCAAAUGCUCCUCUAGUUCUGCGUGGAAUUAAUUGCAUCUUUGAAGGAGGGCAUAGUAUUGGAAUAGUUGGUAGGACUGGUAGUGGGAAGACAACUUUGAUAAGUGCAUUAUUUCGCCUCGUAGAACCUGCAGAAGGAAAGAUUAUAAUAGAUAACGUAAAUAUUGCUAAGAUUGGGCUUCAUGACCUAAGAUCACAGCUUGGCAUCAUUCCACAAGAUCCUACACUUUUCAGUGGUUCUGUGAGAUAUAACAUAGACCCCCUCAAUGAGCAUAUUGAUAGUGAAAUCUGGCAGGUUCUUGAAAAAUGUCACCUUCUAGAGGCUGUUCAAGAGAAACAAGAAGGGUUGAACUCUUCGAUUGUGCAGGACGGAUCAAAUUGGAGCAUGGGACAACGCCAAUUAUUUUGCUUGGGACGGGCAUUAUUAAAGAGGAGGAAGAUAUUAGUUCUUGAUGAAGCCACUGCAUCAAUAGACAAUGCAACAGACAGUAUAAUACAGAAAACCAUAAGGACAGAAUUAGCAACCUGCACUGUAAUAACAGUGGCUCACAGAAUACCGACCGUGAUUGAUUGCUCAAUGGUGCUUUCCAUGAAAAAUGGAGAGAUGGUAGAGUAUGAUGAGCCUAAUAAACUGUUGAACCAGGAGGGCUCACUGUUUAGGAAGCUAGUUGAGGAAUACCAGUCUUAUUCUUGUCGCCACAACCAAGAAUAAACUUUCAAAACUUGUUUAGUAGCAACCAGAAUAUACAGAAAGUCAUUGCUUUCUCAAAUAAACAUCAAAUGAAUCUUUGAUCAUAAUAAAUAAUUGUACUUUCUUCUGUGACAUAUUUAUUUCCCGCCCAUGCAAGUAUGCUAAUCCAUAACUAAAAACUGUGAAGUUUAUAUAAUCUCGGUGACAGUAAAGGUCAAAAUUUACCUUUUGUAUCUAUGUGACUGCAGUAACUCGACGUUGAAGCAUAUCUAACAAUCUCAGACUACUAAUCACCAAAAGGAAAAAGCCCUGCAAUGUAAAACGACGCAGAGGAAGCUGAAGUAAGGGUGAAAUAUUCAAAGAAAAAGAAAAAGAAGCAGCAGAGCCUUAAGAUGGUGAACUUUUAAGUGUAGCAGAUGAUUAUAAAGUAGUACCAUGUGCAUUUGUAAACUAGUUCCAAUCCCUACUGCAUUGAAUCGGACACAGGUGAGGUAUCUUGCUUCAACUGGGACACUGAAAUAAAGCCGGAAAAAUGGUGAAGCCGCCUCCUCUGGCUUGGACAAAAGGCCUACUUGUUUGACUCGAAAAUCUAUGGCAUUGUGGAAGAAGCUGAAAUGCAGAAACAUAAAAUUCUUGCUGAAUCCAAGGAGGAAAGGCUUGACCUGGCCAGGGUUAACAAACUCGAGCUCCUAGACUUGGCCAAUUCUUCAAACACUGAAGAUGCAUGCCUCCAGAACAUGAAAGAUAUGAUUCAUUUGAUAGUAUUGCCUUCUUUCUCAACUUCUGGAUCGCUUCCAGUUUAUCAACUUUAUUUAUCUGGCAGCGUAAAAGCUAUAUUAAGUUAUCUCGCAGCAUCACA